AAGCACAUUAUCUGGUUUUAGCCCAGCGCCGUGGGAUGCAAUAUUUUCCUUGGAUUUUCUCCAGCUGAACUUGGAGGGUUUGUGGGUUAAAUAAUCAUUUCCCAGAUAGGAGAACACGGGACAACCUUCUCAUAAGGUAGCCAGCGGCUGGCAAGAGAAAGAGCUAAAGACAUUUGGACAACAACUUUUACUUGUAGACUUCGUUGGCCUCAUCCCUCGUUCUUAUUCUUCCUGAUUUUACCAGCUUUCCUCUCAUUUCAGUAAACGUUUUGAAGACAAACCUUUAUCCAGCUUUGCCAUGUGGCUCCGGGGGAUCCUGGUAUCGAUUUCGGCUACCGAGGUCCUGAUUGGCCUGGCAGUUUUCUGCCUGCUCUUCCUUGUCCUCCAGACCUUCCAGAAACAGAUCCCGCAGGGCUCCAAAAGAAUCCCUGGGCCACGGGGCUACCCCUUGAUUGGCAACAUACUGGAGCUGGGGACCAAUGUCCAUCUCAGUUUGAGUCAGAUGAGCAAGACCUACGGAGAUGUCAUGAUGAUCCACAUCGGGACAAAGCCAGUCUUGGUGCUGAGUGGGCUGGAGACCAUCAAGGAAGCCCUCGUGAGACACGGAGAAGACUUCAAGGGACGUCCAGACCUUUACAUCUUCCGCCAUGUGACCGAUGGGCAGAGUAUGGCUUUCGGCACGGAUUCUGGACCGGUGUGGCACGCUCGUCGCAAGCUAGCUCAACACGCCCUGAAAACCUUCGCUUCUUCACCCAGCCUCACCUCCUUCUCCACCUGCCUCUUGGAAGACCACGUCUCCAAGGAGGCCCACCAUCUGAUGGCCAAGCUCCAGGAGGUCAUGCUUGCAAAGAACCGCCUGGAUCCCUAUCUGUACUUGAUGGUCGCCGUGGCCAACGUGGUUUUGGCCAUGUGUUUCGGCAAGCGUUACGACUACGAUGACGAAGAACUGCUCCACAUUGUGGCCAACAGCGAACAGUUUGUGGAAGGCACGGGCUCGGGAAGUCUAGCCACCUUCAUCCCUUUUCUUCAGUAUAUUCCCAACAGCAACAUGAAAAAGUUUAAGAACUACAAUCAGGAAUUCAAUCGCUUCCUGAAGAAGAGCGUGCAAGAGCAUUACGAGAGCUUCCGGAAGGAUCACAUCCGCGAUAUCACCGAUUCGCUGAUCGAGGAAAGCCAAAAACAGAAAGCAGACGCCAAAUUGAAAACUCAGGUCCCCACUGAAAAAAUUGUGAAUCUGGUCAAUGAUAUUUUUGGGGCAGGUUUCAGCACAGUAUCCACCGGCUUGUCCUGGUCCCUUAUGUAUCUCAUCACUUAUCCCAAAAUUCAGAAAAAGAUCCAGGAAGAAAUAGAUGUCACCAUUGGCAGAGAACGGAAGCCGCGAUUGUCCGAUCGCUCCCUGCUCCCUUACACGGAAGCUUUCAUCCUGGAAGUGUUCAGACACUCUACCUUCGUGCCGUUCACACUUCCCCAUUGCACCACGAGAGAUACCACCUUCAAGGGCUACUUCAUUCCUAAGGACCUCUGCGUCUUUAUCAACCAGUGGCAAGUCAACCAUGACGAAAAUCUUUGGAAAGACCCCUCUGCCUUCAUUCCCGAACGUUUUCUCAGCGCCAACGGGAAAGAAAUCAACACGGAUGAACGGGAGAAAGUCCUGAUAUUCGGCAUGGGGAAACGGCGAUGCAUCGGCGAGCCCAUCGCUCGGUGGGAACUCUUCCUUUUCUUGGCCACUUUGCUACAAGACCUGGAGUUCAGCGUUCCUGACGGGGUGACGGUAAACAUGACCCCUCUCUACGGCCUCUCCCUGAGGCACGAGCGAUGCGAGCACAUCCAAGUGAAAGCGCGUUUUCCUAAUAAGAUGGACUAAUCGCAAAAAGGACUAAUUGCCCGCCAGCCUGUCCCAAGAAUCUCAAUCUUUUUCGGCAUAUUUUUUGUAGUUCUAUUUGGGGAAAAGCAUCAUAUGAGCCAGUGGUGAAAUCUAAAAUUUGUUACUACCGGUUCUGUGGGCGUGGCUUGGUGAGGGGGAGGAGUAAUGUGACUGGGUGGGCGUGGCCAAUUUUUUUUUUUUAACUUUUAAAAGCAUUUUUUCUACAACCUCUUUGGUAAAAAAAAUGCUUUCAAAAGGCUCUUUAAAAGAGGCUUUUUAAAAAAGCCUCUGCCGAUCAGGCAACUCAGCUGGGAUCGUCAGAGGCAUUUAAAA